UGCCUAGCUUCUUUUUUAAGCGAAAAAGAAAAAGGAAACUCUCCUCUUUCUCUUCCCAUUUCUUUCCUUCUCUCUGUCCUCUUUCCCCCUCCAUAGCAAACACCUCCUUUCCUCUCUCUCUCCCUUUCUUUCUUUCUGCUAGGUUUAGGGAGUUAAGGGGGGCUUUGAGUGGGACUCUUGUUUGAUGGGGCAACAAUCGCUGAUCUACGCCUUCGUGGCGCGAGGCACCGUCGUGUUAGCCGACUACACCGAAUUCACCGGCAACUUCACCAGCAUAGCUUCUCAGUGUCUCCAGAAACUUCCCGCUUCCAACAACAAGUUCACGUACAACUGCGAUGGCCACACCUUUAACUAUCUCGUCGAUAACGGCUUCUCUUAUUGCGUGGUUGCUAUCGAAUCUGUUGGCCGACAGGUUCCAAUUGCCUUUCUUGAGAGAAUUAAGGAGGAUUUUACCAAGAUAUAUGGUGGAGGUAAAGCUGCAACUGCUCCUGCAAACAGCCUGAGCAGGGAAUUUGGGCCAAAAUUGAAGGAACAUAUGCAGUACUGCAUUGAUCAUCCAGAGGAGAUUAGCAAGAUUGCCAAAGUGAAAGCCCAAGUUUCAGAAGUGAAAGGAGUUAUGAUGGAAAACAUUGAGAAGGUUCUGGACCGUGGUGAGAAAAUUGAGCUUCUGGUGGAUAAAACAGAAAACCUUCGCUCUCAGGCUCAAGAUUUCAGGCAGCAGGGAACCCAGAUGAGGAGAAAGAUGUGGUUGCAGAACAUGAAGAUAAAGCUCAUAGUUCUUGGGAUCCUGAUCGCCUUGAUUCUGAUCAUCGUACUGUCUGUUUGCGGUGGCUUUAAAUGUUGAUGAAUUGCUUGUCUGCUAAAUUCCAUUGCCGCCCAUGGAUUGGUGUUGCUGCGGUGACAAGUAAUAUUUAGUUUUUUUUUAUUAUUAUUAUUAUAACACGUACUCUUCUGCCGUAGCAUAUAUCUGAAGGCUGUGUGCAUGUAUAGUUUGUAUUUUUGGAUUCUUUUGAUAGCAGUAAGUUUGUUGAUGUGUGGAAAUUCGAUACGUGUCGAUUGGAAAUUGAAUUUUGAUAC